ACCAGGCAAGAACUGUGAAGACUCAUAGGAGGAACACUCCGAGACGCUCGACGCAAGGCGUAUCGAAAUCCAAUUAGCGUACGAUUUAAUAUUUACAUGUUUUAGUAUAGGGAUAGCUGCAGGGCGACUUUGCAUUUUAGGAAAUGCAAGUUUGCCUAAGGCUCAUGCACAGUAGUGUGUUUUUGAAGGCGUAGUAAAAAGACCAUAAAAUUUUAUACUGCUGGGUUGUCGUCGCGCGACAGUUUUAUGAUCUGUCAGACGGGAAAAAUCGCCAUUAGGAGCUCCCCGCGACGCGCAGACCCAUGCGUGGCUGUAAGGACAGAAAAACAAAAGCUCGUUGGUGCCUGUGACGUAUGAAGGGCUCCGCUCCUGUCCUGUUGCGCGCGGAAGAGCAGCCAAACCCAUCAAACCGCGCGCGCGCUCGGAGAGAGCGGCACCUCUCCACCUGAACGGACCCGAACGAGCCAGCCGUCCAAGCAAGCAUAUUUAGUCAUUUAUCUGGGCGCGCGGAUCGUGGUCGGCCGCGCGCGGAUGCUAUAGUCGUACAAACUUGUUUAAAACAAUGCGGAUCGUGCGCAACGCCUUAUAGUGAACUCUUUUAAACUGGAAUCGGGGAUGAAGUUGAUGUGCUGGCUCUUGAUGUUGGAUCUUAGACAAAGAGACGUUCUGUCAGCCAAUCCUUAUUGAUCAGAGUCACGGAGGAGAUCCUGGUCAAUUAGUGGAAGUGCUCCUGAAACCCGGAGGACCGCGCUUUGUGUUCGAGUCCUUAGGUGACUCAGAAAUCGGCGGUUCCUCGCCUGUGUCUAAAUAUGGCGACCCAGGGGCUCGUGUGCAACACGUCCAUCUCAGACUACGCGAACCACUCCGAUGAAUUCACCAAUAAAUCCCUUCAAUUGAACGGAAGCUCGAUGGCCGAGGAGGACAGCACGAAGAUCCUGGCCGUAAUCUACCUCGUGGUGUUCGUGGUGGGCUUGACGGGCAACUCUCUGGCCAUUUUCGUGGUCCUGCGCUACACCAAGAUGAAGACGGUCACCAACAUGUACAUCUUAAACCUGGCAGUGGCCGACGAGCUGUACAUCCUGGGACUUCCAUUUCUCACCACCCACAACGUGCUCACCUACUGGCCGUUUGGCAACUUCCUCUGCCGCAUCCUGAUGUGGGCAGACUCCAUCAGUCAGUUUACUAGCACAUUCUGUCUGACAGUAAUGAGCAUUGAUCGCUAUAUGGCUGUGGUACAUCCUAUCCGCAGCGCGAGGUGGCGGCGGCCCAGUGUUGCCAAGGUGAUAAAUAGCAUGGUAUGGGCACUCUCCUGUCUGCUGACGCUGCCAGUCAUCAUUUACUGCGACGUUCAGCCGGAGCUCAACACCUGCAACAUGAGCUGGCCCGAACCGCGUGACGUGUGGUCGACCGCUUUCAUUCUCUACACCGCCAUACUAGGUUUCUUCUGCCCGCUUCUGGUCAUCUGCCUGUGCUACCUGCUCAUCGUGAUCAAGGUGAAGUCCGCCGGCGCGCGAGCGGGACUCUCCAAGCGCCGCAAGUCGGAGAAGAAAGUGACGAGGAUGGUGGUGAUCAUCGUGGUUGUGUUCGUACUGUGCUGGCUGCCGUUUUUCAUACUCAACAUCCUCAAUCUUAUCAGCACCCUCCCGGAGAACGGCCUUGUCACCGGCAUCUACUUUCUCACCGUCAUCCUGACCUACGUCAACAGCUGCGCCAAUCCGCUGCUCUACGGCUUUCUGUCUGACAACUUUAAACGGAGCUUUCAGCAAGUGCUGUGCGUCCACAGGGUCAACGGGGUCAGCAACGGUCACCCUAACCGGGAGCGCCUCAGCAGGAACCAACAGAAUGAGGCCUUCUUCCCUCCAAGGAGCUUUGAUUUCAACAACCAUGUCCAGAGCUAUCAAUCCAUUGGUUUGGAGGCCGAGGCCUGUGCCAAAACGAAAAUCCACCGCUCUGGACCACAACCGAGCAGCCAGUCCAUAUAACAUCCUGAAAGUUGGACGGAUCAAGACCCCUCCUCCCCCCCUUUUCCCUUCGAGCUGGUCGUCCAAUCAAAGCCAUUAUGACUCGGUCAAAAUAUACAGCUUUAUAUAAAGUUAUUGUUGUCUAUGCCUAGAUCAAACACUAUCUGGUGCACAAACAUAAUACAUUUCCAUAUAAAUAUCAGUCUUCGAUAAGAAGAUAUCAGUGAUGUAUAUGAUUGUAAAUAUGUAUUAUAACGGCAAAUGGAUCAUCAUUUUGUUCAGCAUGACUGAAUAAAACUGGGAAACUGUUCAUCCACGACCUUUGGACCAAUUUGGACAGUUCCAGAGAGGAAGCGGCUUGCGCUGUUACAUUUUGAUGCAUCGUUGCUAAUUCGGUGGCGGUUCUGAACAUUUUCAAUCUCGAACAAGCUCUCUUGGUGAUUUUCUGGAUUUCUAAGCGGAGCGACACGCGAGGUUCGGUGGAAAUGCCAAACGGCCUAUUUAUCAAAGGCCGAAUGUCUUUGAACGAGCGAAGACGCUUAAUUGUUGGAGCUGAAGCAAUGGCUGAAACAUCCUGAGAGCAGCCAGAAGCUGCACAGGCAGAAAUCGCUUUUUUUCUUCUUCUUCGGUCGGGGUCGAUAAGGUGCACCUGUGUUAUGCUUCUUUAGUCUUGAUGUUGUUUGUAUCAUUCCUAAUAAACCUGGAUUUACAGGAUUACAAAGGUUUCAAAUCGAAACAUGGAAAUCUUGUAAUUAUACUGUAGUAUGCUAUUAGGUUUUUAUGUGCUGUAUAUAGUAAACAAUACUGUAAAGUUAAUUACUUCAAAUAGAGGUCCAGUCAAAAUGGUUUAUAUUAACCUGUCAAUCACAUUGUUCACAUUUCUACAUAAACAGGGAUUCUCAAAUAUA